AAAUCAAAAAUUGCCACGUAUGAAAAAAUGUGGGCCUUCAUGAAUAGCAGGAGGCAGUCAGUGCUUGUCAAGAGCAAUGAGGAAGGCAUCCAGCGUGUACUCACUUCUGAUUAUGCUUUCCUAAUGGAAUCAACUACCAUUGAGUUUGUUACACAGCGGAACUGUAACCUGACACAAAUUGGAGGCCUGAUAGAUUCCAAAGGUUAUGGGGUCGGAACGCCCAUGGGGUCUCCCUACAGAGACAAGAUAACUAUAGCAAUUCUUCACCUGCAAGAGGAAGGCAAGCUGCACAUGAUGAAGGAGAAAUGGUGGCGAGGAAACGGUUGCCCAGAAGAGGAAAGCAAAGAUGCCAGUGCCCUUGGAGUACAAAACAUUGGUGGCAUCUUCAUUGUUUUGGCAGCAGGAUUGGUACUUUCCGUCUUUGUGGCAGUGGGGGAGUUUUUGUACAAAUCCAAAAAAAAUGCCCAGUUGGAGAAGAGGUCCUUUUGUAGUGCCAUGGUAGAGGAGCUGAGAAUGUCCUUGAAAUGUCAGCGUCGGUUAAAACACAAACCACAGGCUCCUGUAAUUGUGAAGACAGAAGAGGUUAUCAACAUGCACACAUUUAAUGACAGAAGGUUGCCAGGAAAAGAAACUAUGGCAUAG